CUAUCUUCGACAAGUGUGCAUGGUGUCUUAUCAAGAGCCUACGGUAAGCAGAAGUAAAUGAUCUGAAAUUCUUUUGAAGAUCCUGGGUUAAGAGAGACCUAGAACUGCCAUGGCUAACCAGAGUGCUGAUACAACGAAAGGACAAUCCCACUCUGCAAGAUAUAUUCCUCCACCACCAAGUCCGAUAACGUUCGGUAAGAAGCCGAAACGGAGAUACCACCAUGGAAGCCUGUACUUAGAUAACUACACCAACAACCUCGGUGAGAAAUUAAGCAACGCUCUACCUGGGCCAGAAUACUGCGAUGUGACUUUAAAGGCAGGACAUGUUGCAUUCAAGGGCCACAAGAUUAUCUUAGCAGCCUACAGCGCUUUCUUGCAUGAAACAUUUCUGGAAACCCCUUCUGAAGGUGCCUAUUUGCAGCUUCAGCUGGACGGGACAAGUCCGGUUGGUCUAGCGGCGUUCGUUGACUUCGUCUACACAGGGGCGUUUAAGGUCACUGAACGGACUGUGACGGACGUACUAGCAACUGCGAGAGAUUACAAGGUAGCCGACUUGACCUCCCAAUGUGAACUUUACCUCUUAGACGAAGUGAAAGUGAACGACACAAACUUCAUAAGAAUGUUCAAUAUAGCAAAGGUAUUCAAUUUGAAGAAAUUAGCCGAAAUGUGUGAACCAUUCUUUACUGGCAUAAACGUUCACUACGACACAUAUUUGAAGUAUAUCGAGUUUGCCAAGUACCGCAAAUCAGACCAAGUUUUCCAAAAGGUGUUUGAGUACAUCAUUAGAGAGCACAAGCGACUGCUGAAAGCUGAGGGAUUGCUCAUUUUACUGGACAACGAUGACAUGAACGCACUUCUUCAAGUUGACAGGCAUGAGUUUUACACAGAUCUUCCUUUAGUUGAGUUGUUGAUCAACUGGGUGGAGCACAGGCUCGAAGAUCGGUUACGCUACAUGCCACAGCUAUUCAAAUUAAUCAAUUUAAGGAUAUUUGACGAUGAUAAUUUGGAUCAUAUAGCGGAAAUGGUUUUAAUCAAAAAUGACCCCGAUUGUCUCCGACUGAUAGAGGACACUCGUAGCUACCUUCAUACCAUGGAACGAACUGCCCAGAUAGAUGGUCCCUUCCUAUUGACAGUUUCUCCAAGGAAUAUUGAGUUGCGCGCAAUCAAGCGCUCCCUGAGUACUUCGGAGCGCAAUAUCAUGAUCAUGCCUCGUAUUCCAGAGGACUUCAGGGAGAUUCCGGGGAAUGUAACACAGCGGACUCCGUUUGUUGCCGUUCUCGAUAAUAAGCUGUUCGUCUUUGGGCUGUAUUGGCGAGGUAAGGAGGGGUCGCAUCGUUACCAUGAUGCGGCUUUGUCAUGCCAUAGUUACGACCCUUAUCGGCAUCAGUGGAGGGAACUUUCUUCGUUACAGGGUGCUCAGACUGGCAACAAACUCGUCGUGUCUAUGGGAAAGAUAUAUUCUCUCGCUGGGAUGGCCUCAAUAUCGAAGGAUAAACUUAACCAAGUGGAAGUUUACUACCCAGCCCAGGACACAUGGCGAGCCUCAACACCUCUUCCCUACUCAGUAGCUGGCCCUUUAGCUGCUGCUGCUAGUGAUGGUCAUAUUUACGUUAGUUUUGCUAAUGCUUGGCAUAAGCAGUAUCAGCGUGAGUUCCUCCGUUUCAAUACAUCAACAGCAACAUGGUUGAGGAGGGCAUUGGUCCCUCCGCUCCAAAAGUAUCACGACAUUGGAUCAUGCGUAGGAAAGGUCUACAUGUUCGGGGUCUGUUCUAAGGGACCGCUGAGCUCUGGUUAUUUGAGGGCUGAUUGCUAUGAGCCAGCUGUCGACCAGUGGACGAUAGUUCAAACUCGUAGAUUCGGCUUAUUCACAAAUUUUCAAGCCCUUCGCCUCAAGGAUAGGAUCUAUGUCGUUGCUGACUAUGAGGAUAAAAAGCAGAACGGACCCGAUUCCAAAAAGACAGGUACUUUCAGCUUCGAUCCGUUGGUUAGAGAUCUUCUCAUAGAGAGGGAGUGCCGCUGUUUUGAGAGGGACAAAGGGGCUUCUGCCCUCUUGUUCGUACCAGCAAAGACACUUGCACAGAUUCAGGGGUCUAAUUAUUGAUCAGCAGACAAUUUAGAUCCAUAAUCUUUUCGUGCCCCGAAAGAACACGCCGGGUCUUUCACUAAAACCUAUUAUCUGCACGAUUCAGAAUGACUUGACCAGAUGAUACGCAUGUCCUAUUUAUACUUUCUAUUUACCAAACGUAAGUAAGACACCAACAAAACUUUUUCGAUCUGACCUACUUUUCAAGGUCGCAGAGGUCAAAACGUCCGUUGUCGUCGUCAAUCAUCCGUUAGAGCAGGGCACAUUUCGUAACUGGUUGGGCUAGGAACCUGAAACUUAGUACAUAAGAACAUCUAGGUAGAAGCUUUUUAGCUCACCUCUUAGCAGCGGUGAGCUUAUCCCAUACCGUGGCGUCCGUCGUCCGUCGUCGUCGUCGUAGUCGUCGUCGUCGUCGUCGUCGUCGUCGUCGUCGUCGUCGUCGUCGUCGUCGUCGUCGUCGUCGUCGUCCGUCGUCGUCCGUCGUCCGUUAGCAGGGCACGUUUCGUAACUGUUAGAGCUAUUGAGUUGAAACUUGGAACACAUGUACCCUUAUGUAAUGACACCUUGGAGACCAAGUUUCGGUCCGAUUCGUUUCAUGGUUUGGCCACCAGGGGGCCAAACGUUAAAAGUGAAAAUAUGCAAUAUCUCCCUUAAUAGUAGUCGGGAAAUUUUGAAAAAAAUAUGGUAGGUACUUCUAGCAAAGGUGCAUCAUAUAUCCUACGGGUUUUUGAUUUGACCUCCUUUUCAAGGUCACAGAGGUCAAAGUUUGCUGAUUCACUGAACAGUAGCAUGUUUCCUAUCUAUUUUAGCUAGAAGGUUUUAAACCAGUGUGGACAUGUAUCUGGGGAUUCUCUAUUACACCCCUAAAAUUUCGGCCGUUCGGACAUCAAAUAUGGCCGCCAGGCAGCCAUCUUGAAAAAUAAACACAGUACUAUUACUCCGAAACUAAUGAUCGGAUUGCAACCAAAUUUGAUCUGGAUGUAUAUCUAUGUACUCUCUACUAAAUCCUUGAUUUUUUAUCAAAUGUGAUAGCCAAUAUGGGUGCCAGGCGGGCAUCUUGAAAAAUUCUUAGUUUGGCCACCCGGGGGCCAAAUUUAAUGUCCAAAGUUAAAAUGUUUGAUUGCUCGUUUAAUAGUGGUCUGAUUUUCAUAACAUUUUUAUGGUAGGUACUCCUAGCAAGGACACAUUUCAUAAAUGUGGGUUUUUGAUUUGACCUACUUCUCAAGGUCACAGAGGUCAAAGUUUGCCUAUGGCACCGCCAUUUUACAGUGACGGCACGUUUUGUCACUGCUUUAGCUACAGAUCCCUAACUUGGUACGAAUGUACCCCUAUACUCUUAGACUAAACUGCAGUCUUUUUCUGAUUCUCAGUUUGGCCAGCAGGGCCCCAAAUGUUAAUAGUGGUCUCCCCUAAGGGUGCCUUGAAAUGCUGCUAAGUGGCAUUAUUUUAUCUCUCAUGUAAUUUCAUUGUAAAACAUUACUCCAUUUCUUUCUUACAUUUAAAACCAUGCUAAUGCUUCAUCCAUCUUCCCUUCACAAGAGGUGAGCACAAUGGCCCUGGCCAUUUCAUUCAAUACCAAACUUCCGUUUGAUCUGAUUCUCAGUUCGGCAGCCAGGGCCCGGUUGUUCAAAUCGACCGCUAAGUUAGUGACCACCACUUAGCUUCCUCUAAAUUUAAAUUUGGCGCUAGCAGUGGCUCAUCGGUAGCUAAGUCAUAUAGAGCAAACUUGGCGGCACGCUAUGAUAAGCCACCGUUAGCAAAUAGCGUAGCUUUGAACAACCGGGCCCAGCGCGCAAAAUGUUGAAACACAGAUCGGGAAGAUGCACUAGCUUCUAAAAAGAAUGGCCAUAACCUCUCUAAAUUCUUAGUUUGUUUUUAUCUGGUGGUGGUACAUAGUACAAAGCACCAAGAAUCACGGAUGUAAAGCACAUAUACAUACACGCUAUAUAUCCGCGCAAGAUUUGAUAAAGACGUCUUCAGCCAAUCAGAAAUAGGAUUUGCGUCAUGUCAUCGACCUGAACUAAUAUGACUCGAACAAAAUAACAUCCCCCAUGGAUCACGUUUAUGUAGGGCACUGCAGUUAGACACAACAUAGGACAUGUACAUUUAGGACCAAAGGCUAAUAUAUGCAUAAGAGAACUGCCCCUGUGGGGCACAACGUAAAAUGCCAGUGAUAUGCGCCAUAUGAUGCCCUCUCAUAGGCCUUCUUCCCUCUCACUUCGUUUUUUGACAAAAAAGCAGGGUGUACACUUGUAACAUUUUUGCUCUGUACACACAUAGCAACAAAAUAGAAACAUUUUUACAACUUGUUGUGAAAAUAUUCAGAAAUUUUUGUGAAAAAAGAGGUAUUGGAGGGAAAAUGGAUGACUCCAAGGAGAGAAGAUGUGUUUUGAGUGCCUCUGCAGCAAUUUUAGCUUAAUCGUAUUGUCCCAUAUCAACAUGCUCCAUAGGGGAUGUUAUUUUGUCCAAGUCACAUGAUUUCAGGUUGAUAACAUGACGCAAAUCAAAUUUCCGAUUGGCUGACGACUUAAACCCAGUGCACACUGACAACAUUUUAGCAAUUUUUUUACAACAUUCUUGGUUGCAACAAAUGUUGGCAAAAUGUUGCAUAGUGUGUACAGAGUAAAAAUGCGUGUAACAAAAUUUUUGCAAUAUGUUGUAAAAAUGUUGCAAAUUAAGUGCAAAGAAAUUAGGAACCGGCGCGAUUUAUCCGCCGCGUGGCGCUGCAAUCGAUCAUACCAAAACUCUCCAUUUCCAAUGCAUUAUCAUGUUACUUCUGAGCCCGAAAACGAUCGCUUAUUUUCGACCGAUUUCGGCGACGUUUGCAUCUUCCUGUUUUAAAUCUAUUGAGCUCUCAGUUUCUUAAGAUAAUUUUGCGGAAAAUAUGCGCGAUGCCAGUUAUUGGGCACGUUUUCUGUUGUUGAAAUCCUGUGCAAAAAUGUACGCAAUGGUUUCCCGUGAUUGACCUCAUGCGACGUCAACAGACCAGAAAAUGACGUCAUGGCGUCAGAAGGUACGAUCGAUUGUGGCGCCUCCACUGGCAUUUAUCUUAACGCCGGUUCCUCAUUCUUUGUUGCAGUGUUGCAAAAAUGUUGUAAGUCCUCAGCCAAUCAGAAAUAGGAUUUGCUUCAUGUGAUCUACCUGAACUCUUCAAAAUAACAUCCCCCAUGGAGCAUGCUGAUAUUGUCGAAGACUUGCGUGGUCCUAAUGAAUGUAAUCGACGCAGAUAUAACGAAACGUGUUUAUUAAAAGUAGCUCAAAUUACAAACCGUAUGAACCAAUACUAUAACGUAUGGUGUCUCACUAGACUCAUACUACAUCUCCCUUUCUUAAGUCUUAUUAAAGUCGAACAACAAACUGAACACAACUUAAACUGCAUCUAUACUAGAUAUGAUUCUCAAUGUCUCUGAACUAGAUUAUCACUACUAUAAUGGACGUAGAGCUGAAAUAGUUUGUCACACAUCUUCUCCGUCAGUUCAGAUCGGAUGACCUCGAAAUUUUUCCUGAAAGUCGUGGUUGAUAUGGAGAUGGUCCUCACCGAGUUAAAUGGGUAAACUUUGCAGUGAUCUCGGAGAAAUAGCAUUUUUUGUUCUUUCUAUAUAUGGGCAUACUCAUUAACAUAAGGGGCCAUUUCAGCAGGUCCGAAUUUGCAUAUGGGGCCAUCUAUUGAAUCAGAAGUGUGGGAUUAUACGAAAAUAAGCCGGGAAAGUAUUGGGGCCACUAUAUGUUUAAAACAUUCAUCCAUCUCCGCAAGUUUCCUCCUUUAUUUCGGUCGUACUCUUUCACCUUACGUUGUUAAUCGCUCUUAAUUUUUCGAAGUACCGUAUGGGAAUUCACCACGUGAUACACGUCACAUAAUAACAAAACCGCCUCACCCGACCAAAGCACUGGGCGCAGUUAGCGCACAGCUCCCUAUAUGAAUUGCCGGGGCAAAUAUAAAAUAUAAGAUAAAAUCCCGAUUAACAUUUCUUUACUGCAAUAAAAACAAGCUGAUCACUGCAGAUUAACAAGUAAGUGAGUGUUCCGGAACGAGUGGAGUCCGUGCGGAGGGUGUCGAAAAAACCCUAGGCGUACUACUUCCUCCGUCUGGUGCUGCCAACCACUAUGCUCGCGGCAUCUGUUUCGCGAAAUAGUUCGUCAAAAUAUACUCAUCAAAGAAAGUUAAGGACCACUUUUUAUAUUUAACAUAUUUUUU